GCGGAGGCGGAGGCGCCCGGGGCGAUGCUGCGCAGCCAGGCCCGGGGAGCGACGAGGAGCCGCCCGGAGGGUACGAGAAAAUGGCCAAAAGGAACGCGGAGAAGGAGCUGACGGACCGGAACUGGGACCAGGAGGACGAGGUGGAGGAGGUGGGGACGUUCUCGGUGGCAAGCCAGGAGGUCUUGAGGAGCAGGGCCAUCAAGAAGGCCAGGCGCCGCAGCGUGACCUCGGAAUCUGAAAGUGGAGGGGCUUUUAAAGGCUUCAAGGGCUUGGUUGUGCCUCCUGGAGGAGGGGGGCUCUUUGGCAAUGGCACCAGCAUCAGGCCUCUGGAUGGCCUGUCCAACGGCGGUAGCGCGUCCUCUGCGCCCACCCGGGCCCCCGCCAAGGCUGCGGCAGAGAAGAAAGUGACCUUUGGCCGCGUCACAGCCAACGGCCCGAUGUUUCCCACGGGGGCGGACAAGAAGGCUGCCAGCACCAAGACCAAUGGGGACAGCCAGCAGCCUUCCUCCUCCGGCCGUGGCGCCAGCACCUACCACAGACAGCUCGCCGCCUUAAACUGCUCCGUGCGCGACUGGAUCGCAAAGCACGUGGACACCAACCCGCUCUGCGACCUGACGCCCAUCUUUAAGGACUACGAGAAGUACCUCCUGAGCAUCGAGCAGCUGGCUGGCAGUGGCGGCGGCAGCAGCGAUGGCAGCGCGGAGAGGGAGGCCGGCCGGCAGCAGCCCCGAGACGCCCCCUUCGUGUUUGACACGAACAAAGCCAACACGCGGGCAGAAGCACCGGCGGAGAAGAAGGUGGCCCCGGCGGUGGGAGCGGCCUCUGCCACCUCCUUCCACUUCGGCCAGAAAGUCGACAGCUCGCUCCUGGGCCCCUUGGGCGCCAGCCCCACGGCAAACUUCUCUUUCUCUCUUGGAAACGCGGGCAUAUUUGGCAGAGAUGUGGCCCAGGCGAGUUCCGUCUUUUCCUUCUCCAAGAUGGCGGAGAACCAGCAGGACACGUCCGCUGCUCAGAGCAAAGUAGGUGCUGAAGAGGACGAGAGCGAAGAGCCGCCCAAGGCCGUCGUCACCGAGGUCAAAGAGGAGGAUGCCUUCUACUCUAAGAAGUGCAAACUCUUUUACAAAAAAGAUAAUGAGUUCAAAGAGAAGGGCGUGGGCACGCUGCACUUGAAACCCGCCGCCAAUCAGAAGACUCAGCUUCUGGUUCGAGCCGACACCAAUUUAGGUAACAUCCUCCUGAACGUCCUGGUUUCACCCAACAUGCCCUGCUCCCGCACUGGCAAGAACAACGUGCUCAUCAUCUGCAUCCCCAACCCACCCAUCAGCGAGAAGAACGCCGCCAUCCCCGUGACGAUGCUCAUCCGCGUCAAGACCACUGAGGACGCCGACGAGCUGCACAAAAUUUUACUGGAGAAGAAGGAGGCGUGAAGGCGGCGGAGGCUUCAGCGCCUUUGCCAAGUUGCUGCUUUUUUCCCUUAAACUUACUCCUUUUAUUCUUAACUUUCUACUUUGACAUUCUGAGAACUUGGAGGUUUUCUGAAAGGUUUUGUGGGGAAAAUUACUAUGGCCAAUAAAAAGCUUUAACUGAACGCGGGACGGCGUCGGGAGAGUGUGUGGGAAGAGCACCCCCGCGCAGGGAGAGGCGGGGCGACUCCCUCCCGGAUGCCGCUCUGCUUGCGGCCGCAGCGCCAGGCUCAGGAAUCGCCUUUUCAGUGUGGGGGGCUUUUGUCCUGGAGGGAGCGCCAAGCCCCAACUGUGCUGCCCUGGAGAUGGGCACAAUUCAGCAGUAAGGACCUGAGGUUGACAGGAAGAGGAAGCGGACAUGCGGCUGUUCUGCAUGGACCAGCUUGCGUCACUCUUGCGGGGCUGUCCUUGAGGCCCAUGGCGUCGCUCGCAUCCAGCGCCCUAGGGACCUGGUGGUGGGUUUUUAGAAGGUGAGCUCAGGGUUAGCGCCAGGGAUUCCUGUGGUUAAAACAGGGUAUCCUGGGGCUUGCCUGAGUGACACCCGCUGAUGGGCUGGUUGAGCCGACCUCCGGGGCCUCCUCUGAGUUCCGAGGGGAGGGUCGGGCUCAGGGACGGACGACCUCGGUGUGAUCUUGGCCCUGCAUUGUUUGCCAUGUUGUGGGGGGUCGUGGUUCAUGGGGAGGACCCCACGUGCUGGAAAUGUGUCCACCCUUCUUCCGUGACCUCUGGAGAAUGGGGGGGGGGGGUUGUGUUGUCUUUUUUGUUUGUUUUUUGUAAGUUAGUGUGUGUGGUGAGACCUCACUUUGCUGGUGGUUCAGCUGUCGCUGUUUCUGUGAGAAAACAAUAGGGAAAUGACCUAGUGGGUAACGUGCCGGUGGCCGCAAUGUGGGGCAGCAGGCGUGCUGGUCAGCCUGGGGUCGGACUUCUGGACCCGUUGACCUCAGCUCCAUCAACCCGAGAGCUGUGUCGAACCACGCAGCUGGUUCCUUGCCUAAAGUAAACUAGGAACCUUUCAGACUAAUUGAUAAGAACUACAUUUUGUAUAGAUUUUGAGUUUGAAAGUUAGCCGCUGACCGGCGGGCGGCCCGUGGGGAGCGUGGGCACGUCCUGGGGAGGCUGACCCCUUCCGGUCACAUUCCCUUGCACAGAAGGCAUUUUAAUUUCCAUAUGUUAGUCAUUUUUGGCAUCGAGGAGCAUACAAGCCGACGAGUGCGCUUGGUGUCUGAUUUGUGAGCGUUUUACUUGGUGUUACUCAGGGCCUGCCUUUUGUUGUCUAGGCUGCAUGCCAAAAAUCUACCCCUCGGGGAGCGGGCCUGGAGGGGCUCUGAGCCCCCACCAAGCCCCUGGAGGUGAAGGGGCAGUGCCCUUAGAGAAGGAUGGCAGGGGAGCCGAGUGGACAGGCCGCCUGGAGCCAGGGGAGCACAAAGGAGGCGGGUCAGGGCAAGUACGCGCCUUGAGCUGGGGAGGCAGGCGGGCGAUCCCUGGGAUGCCGGCCUGCUUUCGAGGCCCCAGAGUGUGAGCGUCACACAUGGGAUGCUUCAGGCCUGCCAUCCACGUGUUCUUGGUUUCUGGUUUUUUGGGGGGGAGUUAAACACAACAAAUGGGAUAUCCUUUUCUAAGACCAAAACCCUUGGACUGUCCACUGUCAUUUCUUGGUUUUUAGCGCCCUGAAUGGUCCCGUUGGGACGUGUAACAAAUCCACAAAAUGUGAAUAAACAGAAGUGAACACAACCAA